UGUUGGUUUAACAAACAAUCGCUGAGGUUUUAGCACUUUCCCCCUUCCCUUUCUUUCUCUGCAAAAAGGGUUUUAGGGUUUCUCUCUCUAAACUUUAUCUUCUUCGUCUCUCUCUCUCUCGCUCUUCAAAUCCGAAAGCCAUGGAUAGAUACCAGAAGGUUGAGAAACCGAAGCCCGAAACGCCCAUAAACGAGAACGAGAUCCGAAUCACAGCACAGGGUUUGGUUAGGAACUACAUCAGCUAUGCCACCAAUCUUCUUCAGGAGAAACGUGGGAGAGAGAUUGUCUUAAAAGCAAUGGGACAGGCAAUUAGCAAGACAGUAGCCAUUGCAGAGAUUAUAAAGCUCAUUCUUUACCUGAAACAGAGGAGAAUUCCCCAAUUGCAUCAAGAUACUGCCAUCAGUUCAGUAAGCAUAACGGAUGUAUGGGAACCCAUUGAAGAGGGUCUUUUACCUGUGGAGCAGACUCGCCAUGUCUCAAUGAUUUCAGUUACCUUGUCAACCAGGGAGCUAGACAAGAAUUCUCCAGGGUACCAAGCUCCAUCCCAGGUGGGCCAACCAAAGCCACAGCAAAAUUAUCAGCAGCAACAACCACCUCGACAGUAUAAUUAUCAUCAGCAACAGCAACAACAACAGCAACCUAGACAGUAUAAUUAUCAGAUGCAGCAACAACAACCUAGACAAACGCGUGCACCCUAUAAUGCUGUUAAUGAAGAUUCAUAUGGUCGUGGACAAGAUCGUGGCAGAGGGAGAGGGAGGGGAAGGGGGAGAGGAGGACGGGGUUGGGGCAGAGGUGGAUAUGGAAACUACCAAGAAAAUGACGGAUAUUCAAACUGGGGCCAAGGUGGUGGGCGUGGCAAUGAUGGAUAUUCAAACUGGGGUCAAGGUGGUGGGCGUGGCAAUGAUGGGUAUUCAAACUGGGGCCAAGGUGGUGGUCGUGGCAAUGAUGGAUAUUCAAAUUGGGGCCAAGGUGGGCGUGGCAGAGAUUGGGGGUACCGUGGUGCCGGGUAUGAAAGAGGGAGAGGUGGAGGGGGCAGAGGAGGCUAUGGACGCAGCCGUGGACGGAUGGGCAGGGGUCCAAGGGGUGGUGGCAAUCAGGCAUAAUGAUUGGGGGUUGGUGUGCUUUGCUCUAGCUGAAUGUUUGCCAUGGCUUAGCGGUUAUCAUAUUUUAAAGUCUGGUUUGGAAGUUUUGAAAUUAUGGCUUUAUGUUCUUCAGGGUUUUUAAGCAUUGAUUUUGUUCUUUUUGUGAAUGUGGGCAAAGCUUGUUUUAAACUCUGUUGCUGCUUUUUAUGUUAGCCAAAGAGCAAGUAGCCAAUUUCUAAUUGCUGUCAAUUUCACUCUUUGCAGUCCAAGUAUAUGCUUAUUGUAUUUAUUCAAUUAUCUUUAUUCAUAGGUUUUUUUUUU